AUUAAAUCAAAACAUUACGCGAUAAGGAUGAUGAUCAAUUAGAAGGGCUACUGUCACUUUGUUUAGUCAUUUGGACAUAAGUCCAGUCCAGAAAAAACUCCUCGAGAAUGUGGUCAGCGGUUCUCUUUGCCCUGGCCACUACGUCUGUGGUUGUCUUGGCGGACAUCACUAUCCCCAUCACUAACCACUGGAGCGGGGGAUUUCAAGGCAAAGGUUGCUUCGACAUCACGCAAGAGAUGCACUCCUGGACAGUCACCUUGACCUUUGACCAGCCACUGAAAAGCCUGGAUGUGUACACGGCGGACAUUGUCCAGACCCUGGACGAUGGUAAGGUGUUUGUCUUACACAACAAGGCCUGGAACAAGGAUGAGCACGUGGGGGACCAGCUGUGUCUCGACUUUCAAGGUCACGGUACUGGAGACAUCCACCCAGGUGUGACAGCCUCUCUCCAAGCAGGUGACGUCAGUGGCAACCCAAUCACAGGAACACCAACCCCUACAGCAACCCCUACAGCAACCACACAUACAACCCCCUCUACGACCACAUCCAAGACUACUCACACUACGCAUUCCACCACGCAUUCGACGACGCAUUCGACUACGCAUUCGACUACGCAUUCUACCACGCAUUCGACUACGCAUUCGACUACACACUCAACGAAACCGACGCCAACUCACACGCCAGCAGUAAGUAAUGUGUGA